AUGGCGGACCGCAAAGCGCUCAACCACUAUUACCCACCGGACUUCGAUCCGGCCAAGAUUCCCCGCCGCAAAGCGCCCAAAGACGCCCAGCAAACCGUUCGUCUCAUGGCCCCCUUCUCGAUGCGAUGCAACACGUGCGGCGAGUACAUCUACAAGGGCAAAAAGUUCAACGCGCGGAAGGAGCUCGUCGUCGGUGAGGACUACUACGGCAUCAAGAUCUUUCGCUUCUAUAUCCGAUGCACCCAGUGUUCCGCAGAGAUCACGUUCAAGACGGAUCCCAAGAAUGCGGAUUACGUCGCGGAGCAUGGGGCUAGCCGGAAUUUCGUACCGACCAAAGAGGACGAUGAGGACGAGGGGGAGGACAAGCUGCUGACAGAGGAGGAGAAGCUUGAGAAGAAGCUCGAAAAGAUGGAGGGCGAUCCGAUGAAGCAGUUGGAGGCGAGGACGUUGGACUCGAGGCGGGAGAUGGAGAUCCUAGAUGCGUUGCAAGACAUUCGCACGCGCAAUGCUCGUUUGGAACGAGUCGACACAGAUGCUGUCCUCGCAAAACUUCACAACAGGGUUUCCGGCCCGUCUGCGCCAGACGCAGGUCUGACAGCCCAAAGCAUCGAAGACGCAGAACAAGCAGCAGCCGAGGAGGAAGACGAAGCCCUGGUGCAAAAGUACUUCGGCAAAGCGCUCGACACUUCCAAUGCAGCUAACGGCAACGGCGUAACAGUCAAGCGAAAGCUCGAGGAGGAAGCCGAGGCCGAACCAGACGUACACACCUUGCUCGCCCUGAAGUCCGCUGCUGUCUCGAACCCGGUGGGCACCACAAAUGGCAGCAGCAGCUCCUCAAAACCCAGCACGGCCUCGGCGCCCGCCGCUAAGAAGAAGAAGAACGCGCCGAACGCCUUCGGUCUCGUUCGCAAGAAGAAGUGA